AUGCUUCCACCGAGACCAAGCCCCCUGAUUGCUGCUGCCCUGGCUUUGCUGGGAGCCGCUGUUCAUCCUCUCGCCGCUGCCGCUGCACCGGCAUCCUCGGUACCGCCGCCAGGUCGCUCGCUGGUGUAUCUGGAUGUGUUCUCUCACCCUGCCUACGACGUCUAUUUCGGCAUCCAUCCCCUUGCUCUGGGCUCCCUCGAUUCCGACGGCUGGGCCGAUCCUUCGCUCAUCGUAGCCCCUCUCAACGGACAGCGGUAUCUCUGCCGCCUUCCCAGUCUCACUGCCGAGCAGGACAGCGUAUUCGACCACACCGAUGCUGCCGCCGGUGCGAUUGAUGCCAAAGCGAUCGAUCGUCUUGUCUCUCUAAUCGAACCACUCAAAAAGUCCUGCCUCACGUUUGAUCUGCCCUAUGCUGGCUAUAUCUGGCGCUACCGAUAUUGCCACAUGGAUCGUAUUGUGCAGUCGCUGUGCAGCGCUCGCUCGGCCAAGGCCUCGCCCGACUCGGAAUGUCAGCCCAUGAUACAGUAUUUGCUCGCCAAAUACUCUCGUGUUCCUCCCAAAGGCCUCAUCGCUGCUAGCACCGACACGGCAUCCGACGCCGGUGCCGAGAUCACCGAGAUCGAAGACGGAGACUACGUGCUGCGUCAGUUCUGGGGCAGCGGCGCAACUUGCGAUAUCACCGGGCGGCCGCGAACAGCCGAGUUGCGGUUCAAGUGCGGCAACACCGAACACAUCGCAUCGGUCAAAGAGCCAAGUGUUUGCCACUACGUCGUCAACAUUCGCACUCCUCGGCUAUGCGACCAGCCUGUGCUGCAAAAGCCCGAUCAGCAGGUUCAAUCUUCGCGGAUCUUAUGCCGUGCGCUCGCUCCCGAGCAUACCCCGUCCCAUCCACCGCCGCUGGAGGAUACGCCCGCCCAUCCCUCGACGGUCGAGGACCUGUUCCGCUGGGAACCCAUGUCAUAUAUGCAUAUGCGAGAGCUCCGGCGACGAAGAUGUGCAACCCCAACGGACUGCCCCGAUACGCGGACUGUCGAGCUGCUUGAACAGGAAGUCCAGAGGUGGCGAGCCACCAACACAUCCGCAGCCGAGCUUGCGGCCGAAACUGUGCUGGCCAAGGAGCACCAGAGCCCUGGGAGCUCAAAAGACGAUGGCAGAGACGCCGAGCCGAUCGAUUUCGAAGCGCUCUAUCAACGCAUCAUGCGCCAUGUCCAGGACCAGCAGGAUGCCCUUGGUCGCCAACUGACGAAACAGGAGCCGCCUUUGGCCCAGGCCGACGACACCCAGCAAACCGACGGUACAGCCCAGCCCAAAGCCGCACCCGGUGUCGGUCGGGAUGAGCUAUGAGCGAUCGACUUGAAGUGCUGGGGUCGACAACAGUCGUGCUCGCUCCACCCCAUGAACAACAUCCAAUCGACCAGUCGCUUUGAACAAAGAACCCGAGCGAAGCAGAGCUUGUAAUGAUAGCUUCCACCUGAACAUCCCGCUACCGCAUCAAUGUGUGUUUGGCCAAGAGGCCACCGAGAGAUGAUCCUCAGUGUAUUAUGAUGUGCUUUGGAGGGAGGCAUCUGCGCUAGUAUUGCCAGAUUGCCGACGCCGCAAACAGGGGCUCGUCCUUCUUGACAAUCGCGAGUGGCACUGACUCGUCGACUUUGCGUCGCUUGAUCUCUGCAUCGAACAUCUGCGAGGGUCGGUGUUGUGUUGAGCGGGUAUGUAUCGGUGAGCAGCGUGAUGAUCGACACGCCAGAAGACAUACAUUUGCAGUGAGACGCACAUACCGAUUGAUAGGUAUGGUCCAA